AUGGAGACCGUUCUACGUGAAGCAUGCGAUAACUGUCAUCGUCGGAAGACUCGCUGCCCAUCCGAUGGUGGCGGUCCCUGCACUAACUGUCGAGCCAGUGGUCAGGUCUGCACCUUCAGUCCUCGCAGUCGAAUUGGCCGCCCUAGAGUGCGACCAUCUCGUUCUAAACGUAACCGAACGAGGACACCGAGCCUUACAAAGACAGAUGGGGAUCAUAAUGCAGGAAGCCACAUGCCAACAGUCUUCGACCCUGUCCCUGAAUAUACCACCCCUGUACCGAGUAUAGUGCUGGGUGGAGCGGAAGGGUUUAAUCAUGCAAGUCUGCCUGAUGAAACUACCCUCACAAAUGAGUCCUCGUACAUGCAUUCUACCUGGGACAGUACAUUGGAACCGUUCCCAAUGUCACUAACAGAACCGUUGAUUCCGUUCGACAAUGAAUUCCCCUUUUUCUCGCCCGAGGAAGUCGACUCUCUAUGUAAAAGUCCUUCCCAGAUAGCUGAGAGCGAAAUAUCGCAACGGGACUUGGCUUUUCUUUCCCCGAACAAAAACCUCAGUGUACCUCGGGCAACAACAUCACCGGCACUUGUCCCUGAACAGCAACCACAACAAUCAUACAUAGAAGAUCGCCCUGAGUGCAAGGGGGAAAGUCUGGUUACGGUAUAUGGGCAACUCUCCCAGCUCCUCUUCACCCUGCACCUAGCCCACGAUACCUUCUGUCGCAGAGAAACACUCGGCAUCAGCGACCGAAGCUCAAUCGACCAAAUCUUCUCUACGGUUUCAUCCCUCUGCGACGUUGUGGGUUGGCUCUCGCAAUCGGCACGCAGUGCAUCCGACUCUACCUUAUCGUUAUCUCCCUGUCUUCUCCUUAUUAUCUCGAUGAUCAGCACUGUAGUGGAGGUUUACCGGCGAGUUUUGGAUGGCACUCUCCGUCCGUCAAUGGGGCUCAUGCAGCUACCCUCGUCUUCGCUACCAUCUCCUCCGAUCACCACUACACCUCGAUCAUCGCCGCUCUUGGAGAAGCAGCCCGCUGAUACUCAUACGCGACUGCAGUGUUUAUCCGACGGCAUCACGAUGGAUUUUCACCUCGGUCUUUUGGAGUGUAUUUUUGGCUGGGGAUGUUCGGAAACAAAUAAUGAGAGGGAAGUGUGUCGGAAACUGGAGGAUACACAUAAAGAGCUUCAGGUGUUCAUGGAAGAGUGGAAGAAAGUAGCAUAGCGUUCACGAUUCACGCUUUAUGACAUGUAUUUAACAAGAAC